GAGAGUGUAGUUGCGCUCUGUUGGCUGGGACUGUACAGGGGGUUCUUGGUGUGAAGGGAUAGCCUCAAUGAAAGGGGUGUGAAUACUCCAGUUUUUUCUUUGGAUCGUGCACAGUGGGAGUCUCUGCGGGUGACUACUUACUCCUGGGAGGAAUAACAAAGAUUCUUGCUCAACUGACUCUUGUCUUUGCAACUGCCAUCUCCGUCUUCUGACUUGGAUUGUGGCCGAAAAGAAUAUUUGAACCACCCUACCUGUCCAGUUAAAUAAAACAGAAAGAAGCUGAAGGAGGCAGGAAAGGUUUGGCCCACAAAUACUGACCAAGAGUUCAAAAAGUAACCAGCACUGAAAGUUUAAUUUGGAAAUUCCCACUGCAGGUGCUGAGGCAUCUAAAGCCAUGAGUGAACGAUUUGAUUGCGAUCACUGCAAGGAGUCCCUUUAUGGCAGGAAGUACAUCCAGUCAGAUGACAACCCAUACUGUAUUCCCUGCUAUGACAGUCUGUUCGCUAACACUUGUGAUGAAUGCAAAGAAUUAAUUGGCCAUGAUUGUAGGGAGUUAUUUUAUGAAGAUAGACAUUACCAUGAACAUUGUUUCAGAUGCUUCCGCUGCGAUAGGUCGCUCGCUGAUGAACAGUUUACUUGCCAGGAUGAAGCGUUGCUGUGUAAUGACUGCUACUGCAAUGAAUUCUCUUCCAAAUGUAUCGCCUGUGACAAAACAGUGAUGCCAGGCAGUCGUAAGCUGGAAUACAAUGGAAAGACCUGGCAUGAAAACUGCUUUAUAUGUAACAGCUGCAAACAACCCAUUGGAUCGAAGGCUUUCAUCCCAGAUGAUCAAGAUUAUUACUGUUUACCCUGUUAUGAGAACAAAUUCACUCCAUGCUGUGUACGCUGUAAAAAGCCUUUGACUAAAGGAGGAGUGACUUAUCGUGAGGAGGCUUGGCAUAAGGAAUGCUUUGUUUGCACUGGUUGCAAGACCCAGUUGGCUGGCCAGCCCUUUACUUCCCAUGAAGAAAAGCCAUACUGUGUUAUAUGCUUCGGCGAUCUUUAUGCCAAGAAGUGUGAGGCCUGCAGUAAGCCCAUAACAGGUUUUGGAGGAGGCAAAUUCGUUGCCUUUGAGGAACGCCAUUGGCAUCAGACUUGCUUUAACUGUAGUCGAUGUAAGAUGUCACUUUCAGGAAAAGGAUUCUUCCCUGAGGAAAAAGAAAUUCUGUGUCGUGAAUGUAAAGUGGUCCUGUUAGCUCAACGUACUUGCAGCACUGCUUAGAAAAGUUUACAAGAAGAUCAGAUUCUUUGAAAUAUGCUUCUGUCAAGAGCUCUCUCUAUAUAUUUUUCAUUAUGAAAGAUAAACUGUCAUUAAUAAAGUCCCUUUGUUCUGGUGAGGGACUGAUUGAAGUGUGGUCUUUAUUUGCAAUAUAGGACUGAUUUUGCUUACUAGCAAACUUGACAUUUUCUGUUACCACAAAUCCUUUGCUGAAGAUUUUGAAGACACAGAGCUGAGGUGAUUAACUUUUACUGCAUAGUAGAGUUUAUUUACCAAAGAGCUUGUUUUACUUGAAUACGGUUCUCUGUGUAGUUUGUAUCUUUCACAAAGAAUUAUACUUGGGUCGAAUUUUGUAAAGUUACAAUUAUUGAUCUUUUGUCUGUUGCUUUUGUAUAAAAUGUAGAGGAUUCUGUGGCCUGAGUAGCAGAAUUCAGUCUACAGUUGUACAGAAUUACCCAGCAGUGUAAAUCUUGGCUCUAAAUGGUUGUCAGUCUUGAAGUGACAUCCUAACCCCAUGUGAAAAAAUGGGGAAAAAGGGGUUGUGGAUGGAUGGAUGGCUGGACCAUGCUGUAAAACGUGAUAAAACUGCAUAAAGCAUUAAGCAAACAGAUCAGCUCUGAAUGCUGGGGCUGAACUCUGUGGUGACAGUUCUUUAAGUCUGUGUACAGAUGAUGGUAGAGAAUUGUACAUGUGCUGUGAGCAUGCUUUAUUGCUGCUGUUGUAAUACUAGAGAAUUGUUGUCAGAUUGUUUUCCAUAUGUACGUUUCUGUAAUUAUGUAAUUCACUUGCCAUUUUUUGAUGCAGAAAGAGUUCAUCAGCAUCCAUGUCAUUUUGAAAUGGUGGACAUCAUUUCUUAAACUAAAUACAACUAAGCUUUGCAGUAACAGUUUAUUUAAAUAUGAAUAUAUAUACUUUUAUAAUUUGAUAUCUUUUGGGGGACAUACUUUUUCUGUUUUGUUUCUUCUGUUUUAUGGUUUUGAAGUAAGCACAAUGACCACAGUAACUUGUCCUAUGAAGCAUCACAACUUUCCAUUAUAGUAAAAGUGUGGAUAUUUUUUAGGAUUAGUAAGUUAAAAAAAAGGUAUUAGUCAUAUGAUAGACUAAUGGUUUAUGCCACCAACUGCAAUGCAGGUGUGUUUCAUCUUUGUGUCUCUUCUGUCAUCCAGUCUGGCACACCAGCAGAUAAACAUGUCAAGAGAUGCAUAAUUCUCCAGGGCAGUGACAUGACCUGUCAGUGAUGGUAGGAGGUGGACUGUUAGCUAUGAAUGUGCAGGUUCGUCUUUCUUUGAGGGCAUAAAGAAUGUGCUACACAGUUGUGCGUGGCUGUUGAAAGGUACCAGUAGCUAGCCCACCAUACAUUCUCAUAUUCUGUGGUUAAGUGCUGGUUUUGAGCAUUCUGUACUGUGCAUCUGGCAGUAUAGCAAAGUGGACUAAAGGUGUAAGCUUCUAAUGAACUGUAUCAUGAACGUCCAGAGUUUGAGCCCUACUGACUGUGCUUGUAUACUUCAUAACUGAGCAAAUCACUUAACCAGACCAGUUCUCCUGAGUCACUUAUACUUAGUGAAUCAUGCCCAGUUAAUGAAUAAGUAGUGAUGUUGUGUAAAGGGAUAUCAUCAGUCCCACACUAAUGCAUUGGGUAAACAUAUUAAUGGCAAAUACUUAGAGCACAGCACCAGGUGUGGAUUAAGAAAAAUAAAUGUUGCAAAGAGCCCUAGGUCUGCAGUCUUAUUUUUAUUCAAUCACUCCUCCUUUUGUAAAAAUGGUUCAUCUGAGAAUUGAAGGACCCGAGUAACUAACUGCAAUUACCAUCAUAUCCCACAGCAGUAGUGGCUUGCAGACUGUAGCUUUAGAAGUCUAACACUAUACUUCCACGUGCAGUGAAUUCAUGGCUUUAUUUUUAAAACUGGUUGGCAUUGUUGCUCUUUCUUAGAUCACAUUAUGGAGUAGAUUUCUUUCUUUCUCUCUCUCUGCCCCACAGAAACUCUGUGCAUAAGCAGCUUGCUGAGGUGAUCAUUUAAAAAAGCUCAGACUUAUGGUUUUUAUUAUCAACUGCCUAAUCUGUGAUUCAGUAAGGAAAGCAAUGUCAUGUUGGUACUCCUUAUGUUACACUGAAAAAUAUGAAAAAAAGUGUCACAACUGAAUUUUUUGCUACUGUUUCAAAUAAGUAGGUCAUAAUUUUGCUUUGUAUCUCUGCUUUGUUAUCUUAUAAAGUUGGAUUUGACUUUUUGGUUGGCUGCAUACGUACAUAUUCAACACUUUUGUGUCAUCCUGUCACUCUCUGGUCAACUUAUUGUGAAUACUGUCACAGAAUAAGCAAAGAUUAAGUCAACAUUCUGAAUGGUUAAGUUGAGUGUGUUGUUUCUCUUUAUAUUCAUCUUGGUGUUCACUUAGUAAUGUUUGGAUUGUAAAGUAAGAUUGUAUAUUAAAAUUUUGUCAUUUCAAACCUUCCUUUUCUGGUAGUGGUGACUGUCUUACCAAGUCUCACUGCACUGUGCUUCUGUUUCAUCUGCAAGAAAGCAGAACAUCUGUUUGAAGACCUGGGUUAUAAAUUCUUAUUUAAGAUCCUUUGCUAGUAACACACUCGUUUCUUAGUAUGAGCAAGCAUGCUGUCGUCAACUUAAAGCUGUAAGCCAAAAUGUAAGACAUCCUUCCCCUCCUCUCUAUCUUCCAGUCUGAAUUCAUGUUUAAGUGCAAGAAAGAGCUGUACUUUUGUACAGUUCUGUUAAAUGUUCUGCAUAAUGGCUUCUGAAAUGCAUUCGGUGAUAACCGACUUUUUGAAACACAGCUCUAAGGUGACUGAAGAAUGCUUUAGUCCCUCCUGUCUAACACAUGGCUUUUCAAUGAACUGAGCGAACAUUCAUCGGUUCACAUUUCCUAAAUGAGCAACAAAUGUAGCUGCAAAAAUGCAACUCUUUUUCAGUGCGUUAGUUUUUAAACACCGUCUAUCUGAUGCUUCUUUUGUGAAAUGUAAGACUUUUUACUCUUUUUCUCACUUGAAGUGCAUCUCUGUGUAGAGAUGGACCUUGGUAGUGAGAACGUUCAAAGGUAAGUACUUGGCUAGCUGCCUUUGUCAGCUAAUUUAAACCUGACCAGUUUCUCCCUUAGAAAUAAGAAACAAACCCAGUACCAUGUUUCUGUAAGGUAAAUACCUUAACCAUUACACCAAUCCUUGGAUGAACUGAGUACAGGUAAAGGAGUUCUGAUAAAUAUUGGGCAGUAGGACUGCUAUAGUAAUAUGUUUAGUGAUCUAAACAAAGAAACACUUGCAUUAACAGGAUAAAUUAAACUUGCAAGUUCAGGCAUUUGAUCUAGCUGUGGGGUGCUUUUGGACUCUGAGAGGAUAACACUUCACAUUUAUAACUGUAAACAUGCUCACACAAAAUGACACUUAUCUUAACAAUACAACUAUGUCCUUCAUAAGGACAGUAAUUUCUGAACAUUUCUUUUUCAUUUCCCACCAUUUUUAAAGGUCUGUCAUGGACAAGUACUGAAACAUGUCUCCUUAAACAGAUUGCAAGAUAUAGUAAAAUGGAGAAGCCCAACAGAAACCUAAUUUUUUGUUUAAAUGCUGCAUUUUGUUGCUAAGAGAAUGCAGUAGAUUCUUAAAUGUAAUUGUUUUGCUACUGUAUCAGCAGAGUCCUAGAUUACAUCUAAUUUAUGGACUCCAUUAGGUUGUACUUUACAAAUGUAAGCUAAACAGAAAUUGCUCUAUAGAACUGUACACUAGUACCACUGCAGUCAAACUGUUUUUCUUGCGCUGCAGUAAGCAUUUGUUUCAUAUCCUGUAAUCUACUUUUUAGGGAUUAAUUGUAGUAUGUAGUAUAAAAUGUAUGUUUUAAUAUUGGAAAAAAAGUACAGUAUACAGGGGAAAUCGCCCAUUUGAUUUCCUCAUGCGUGUUAAGAAAGUGAAGUUUUUUACAGUGUACUUUAUGACUAGAAGCUGGGCUAGGAAUCUGUUGUUGCAGACCUGGGGGUAGCAGUUCCAGCUGUCUUUGCUGAUCAUGAGUGAUUGAGCUGCAAGUGAGCUAUUAACAGAAGUGCAGGCAGUUUAAGAUGGCAGGAGUGGGAAACUUAUUGUGGUAGAAUUUCUUAAAUGAAUGGCCAUACUCAAAAGUGAUGUCUUAUAGGUACUGCAUGUUAAUAUGGGGAAAAUGAGGCUUGUAAGUCACCCAUAAAUGCUGAUAGGUACAACAGCUUCAUUUAUAAACAGGGCUAGUUGUAACAUUCAAAAUAAAAGGAACAGAUUACAGGGUAGCCCCAACCUCUAACCAAAUCUAGUAGAAAUCUGUCUUUCUGAUUCAUGGUCACUAUUGCUGAAAUACUUUUACUUCCAUCACAAUAGUUCUUGUCUCCUUUGAUUUCUUUUGCCAUCUGCAUGCCCUUUUGAGGAAACAUUUCAAGUUAUGGCAAACAGUAUUUUUUUCUAGUGCUUUUUAUAGGGUCUGCAGAACCUGCUUCCCCUCAUUAACCAUAUGUCAUUUCCUUUGUGAGUACUGAAAAUGUAAAAAUAAUAUGCUAAUUGGGUGCUAUGCAGUCAGGAAUAUUGAUCACUUGCUAGGAGGACUUUCUUGUUCAUUUGCUGAAAACAUUUUUUGUUUUCCUGUUCAUUUUAAUGUCUAUUGUAGAGGUCUUUGCCAUGGAUUCAUAGUACAGACAUCAGUUCUUUGUCUUUUUUUCAUGCUGACAUCCUACCGUCAUCUGUGUUGUCCUUUUUCAGCUUCAGAUGUUUGUCUUCCUCAGGUCUUUACUCAGAGUAAUAUACUAUCAAUGUUAGUUUAUUCGUCCUGCCACCUGGUAGAAUACCUUUGAUUGGAUAAUGUGUCACUUGUUUGACCCUCACCAGAAUCACCUUUAUGAGAAUGGGAAUGCAUCUUGGAUCAUUUGCUGAACAUGGUUUUAUUUCUGAGUCUAUGUUUUGCCAAAAUUCUUUGUGUGCGAAUGAAGGGCAUCAUUCAUCUUGGUAGUUAACUCAGUAUCAGAUAAAAAAAAAUAGCACUUAAAUGCUGACUUAAAAAGAAUUUGUUCCUGGCUUGUAGCUAACAUGCCUUCUCUAAGUCUCAGAACAAAACGUGAAGCUGUGGGAAAAAAAAGUGAAAACAAGACCGAAAUUAGUAUUUUAUCUAGUCAUUCAUUGUGACAGUCACCGUCUCUCAGUUUUUGUGCAAUUUCUUUUUGGCGCCAUACCCUCUGUUGACUGAAAUGUGCUCUUCAUCCCGUAUUGACCUGCUUGUUCUGUUCUGUGGUGCUGAUGAGGUCCUGCUGUACCUUUUUGCAUCACUUCCCUCUUCAGGGUAAGAGUGCCUUGCAGAGUCUUUCCUUCCUUUGUGAUUCCACCACCCCGCCUUCCUUAAAGUCAGGAGGCCCAUAUCAUAUAUGCUGCCAGUAUUAGAUAUGCAAGAGAAGGGAAUCCUAACUCGGAAGAGUGAGGCCAACAUCACAAGCAUCACCAGUGAUGAUGUUGGUUGUUCAUGCCCCAUCCUUCUAUAUGGUUGCCCAUCUUUCCAGUCAGAGUAUUCACUUUUCACCAACUGUAGACAGAAAGAUUUCCUGUACUUCCUUCCCACCUAUGGACAAGCUGACAUAAUCUGUUCAUUUCUAUCACCCUACUUUAGCUACGUGAGCUCUUAAGUGGCUAAUCAAACUCUGUUUUCUAGGUCAUAUUCAGAGGUCCAGUCUUCUUUCACUUUCUUUUGAAGUUAUCAGUUCUGUCAGCUAACUAGACUUUGCACUGAUUGUUAUUAAAUUUGUCUUAUCUGUAAUUAGUUGCAGCACUGUCAUGUAUGUAAAGUGCAUAACCCCAUGGUAUGCGUUGUUUGGGUUAAUCCCAUGGUAUGCAUUAUUAUGGUUAAUCCUGUGGUGUACAUCAUUUGGGUUCAUCCCAUGGUGUGCAUUAUUUGGGAUGGACUGCAGCUGAUGCAGGUGAGUAUGAACUAGCUGUGCUCAACUGAAUUUAAACUUUUAUCAGAAAUACUCACUGUAGACGUAACAUUUUUAGUUUUUUACAUUCCCUGGUAGGUAGAACUAUAGAAGUCUCUGUUUGCAAAGUGCCAACUUCAUUGGCAACAGAGAUAGAGCCUUGACUACAGCCUAUAUGAUCCAGGAUUGAUUAGAGUUGUGGCACCAUUUGCCUCUCUCAAGCUGAGUGCCACAUACCCAUGAACAUAGUGGAAGGAGAGAGGAAUAUGCCUAGGAACCUGUGCUAUGCUCAGUCUCUUACUGGAGACCUUCAAGACAGAGAGGCAUAUGCUGACUUGUAACACUCACAGAAGUAUGUGACAGUUCCGUUCAUUGUCCCUUAAAGGAAGAAAAAAAGUGACUUCACUGUGAAUGACAGUUUCUAGAGCUUGACCUUGCCCCAUGGAGAAUUAAUGGACCAUAGGACUAUCCAUGGUGGAACAAAUGAAUCAGUGGAGUUACUAGGGCAGAAAGCUUUAUUUCUGAUGUGUAGGGCUGGAAAUAAUGUACCAGCUUCAGUAUACUUUACUCAAAAUUGUGUUGAAUGCUUUACCCCCUCCCAGUAUUCUAGGUAAGAAAUGUUUUUCCUGGACUCUACAGAGUGUUGUGCUUAUUGCAUUCAUGUCUUUUCAAAUGACAUUUAUUUAUGUGACCUUUAUCUGAAUAAAACCCAUUAGAAGCAGCACUCUCCUUUUGGGGUUCAACAAGAACUGUGAUUUGGUUAUGUGACUUGUGAGGAGUUGUGCUUUGCACAUGUGGAUGUGGGAAUCAAACUCUGGUCUUGCGGUAGGUUGUUUACAAUGGGUUAUCAUAACCACUAAGUUGUAUAAUGAUACAGCUUGAUUGUUAACUGCACCAUUAUUUAAGGAAUUCUUUUGAAAGCAGUGCACUUAAGAUAGCAAUGUAACAUUUGCUGUCCCAGUCAAUUUGACAAAUGAUAAAUGGAUAGAAAAUAUUUUUUUUUUAAUCUGCAUUGUUUAAUGUGUUACUGAUGAUCGAGGAAGGAGGUAAGGAAUUGUGAAGUAACCUACAGACUUCUCAUACAGAUUCUUGUAAAAGUGAAAAUACAAUUCCUUAACAAUGACAUUCACAACAGCCACUCCUUGGAUUGUUGCAGGACUGUUGCCAUCAGAAGUUUUCCUUUCAGCAACACAAUUCAAUUAAGAUUUUAGUGUAGACACGCACAUACUGUACAUGUAAUAUAUAAUUUGAUAUCUAAUUGUACGCAUCUUUAUACAUUCUUUCUUUAUAACCAAAUCUUACUUUUAUGUAGGCUAGACCUACAACCAAAGUAAAAGUUAAGUUUUAAGAUGAUUGGUAUGCAUGUUGAUAUUUUUUAUUUUACUCACCUAUGCAAUAUAUUAUUUCAAAAAAAAAAAAAAAAGCUUUGAUGCUGGUAUGUCAGAGUGUAAUUAUGUGUCUGUUUAAACCUUCAGCAUAAUGAACAUUCUGUGAAAGUCACUUUUGAGUUAUGUACUGCAUUUUAAUUUUGUAUGGUUAAAAAUAAUAAAAUUUAAAAUCAGACUGCA